AUGUCUGCACGAUUUGUUUUCCGGCGACCAGUGCUCCAGUCGUUAGUCCCAAGGGCUCAUGCCUCGGUGCCACGACGGGGACUCACAGCACAACAAAAACAGAUUGUGAAAUCUACCGUUCCCGCCCUUCAAGAGUAUGGAGUCACAAUCACCACACUCUUCUAUAAGCGCUUGCUAGAGAAACAUCCGGAGCUCAAGAAUAUCUUUAACACCGCUCACCAAAAGACUGGCGAGCAACCAGCAGCUUUGGCACAUGCUGUGUGGGCAUAUGCGGUUAACAUUGACCAUCCCGAAGCCCUAAGCACAGCCGUUUCUCGCAUUGGACAUAAACAUGCCAGCUUAGGGGUCAUGCCUGCCCACUACCCUAUUGUCGGCGAACACUUGCUCGCUGCAAUCAAAGAUGUCCUAGGACCCGCCGCUAACGAGAAAGUGCUCGAUGCGUGGAAGGCAGCCUACCAGCAACUCGCAGAUAUCUUUAUCAACUUUGAAAAAGGUCUCUAUGAGCAAGGUGCCAAGACACCUGGCGGGUGGAAAGGAUGGCGGAAGUUUUACAUCUCGAAGAAAGUCCAUGAGAGUGACGAAAUCAUCUCCUUCUAUCUCACUCCGGUGGACAAGGGUCCUCUGCCAUUGUACCAGCCUGGACAGUUUGUCAGUGUGCGCUGCUACGUACCAGAGCUAGGCUCCUACCAGCCUCGUCAGUACAGUUUAUCUGAUGUGCCGAACAAAGGUUACUUCCGAAUUUCCGUGAAACGAGAGUUCGCAAAGGACUCAAGGCCGGCUGGCCAAAUCUCGAACGUGCUUCACGAAUCGCUGCCGGAGGGUGCGGAAUUGGACUUGAGCAUGCCUUUCGGUGACUUCGUUCUCGACAUUAACACCACUACCCCUGCUGUCCUAAUCAGUGGAGGCGUGGGGCUCACACCCAUGAUGUCCAUGUUGAAAUCCAUCAUCAACCAGCAGGGUCAAGCACGGCCAGUCGUCUUCAUCCAUGCGGCACGCAAUGGCCGUGUCCAUGCCAUGAAGAAUGAUCUGAUUGAGAUCGUCGCCGAAAACCCGUCGGUUAGUCGCAUGGUGUUUUAUGAAAACGCCGCCAAGAACGAUGUGCAGGGUGUCGACUAUGAUCACGUAGGCCGGGUGGAUUUGACUAAAAUCAAAGACAAGGUUAUUCUCCCAGAUGCAGAUUAUUAUAUCUGUGGACCUCAGCCUUUCAUGAAGGCCCAAAGCAAGGAUCUGGAGUCUUUGGGUGUGGACCCUAAACGUAUUCAUAUGGAGGUAUUUGGAUCCCCGCGUGAUUAA